AUGUCUGAGGAACUAAAUCAAGCAGCUAAGGACUUGUCUCUCGACGAAGAGAAGGACGUGACAGUCCUGGACUCUAGAGAAGAAUUUAAUGUGAAGCACCCACUGAAUUCCAAAUGGACUUUGUGGUACACCAAGCCAGCGGUGGACUCUAGUGAGAGCUGGUCUGAUCUUCUGAAGCCAGUUGUUGCUUUUGACACCGUCGAAGAAUUUUGGGGUAUUUUUAACUCCAUUCCAAAGGCCGACGAGCUACCAUUAAAAUCUGACUACCAUUUAUUCAGAGAAAACAUUAAACCAGAGUGGGAAGACCCAGCCAACUCCAAGGGUGGUAGAUUUUCUUUCCAGUUCAAGGGUAAAAGGCUGGAACACGGAAUCAACGAAAUUUGGACCAGAGCAUUGCUGAGUGUUAUUGGUGAGACCAUAGAAGACGACCAAAAUGAGGUCAAUGGAGUUGUUUUGAACGUCAGAAAAGUGGGCUACAGGGUGUGUCUUUGGACGAAGUCCUGCGAUAGAGCUGCUCUUGUGCCUAUCGGAGAAAGAUUGAAGAAAAUACUAAUGCUCAGGGAGGGUGAGUCAGUUGAGUUCAUCAGCCAUAAAGAUUCCAACGACCGUGGAGCAAAACCUGCAUUCUACGUUUAA